AUGGAUCCGGUGGUUAAAAAGCCGAGUCCUGGCGGGGUGCAGCAUCGAGUGACCAAAGGACUGCGUGCCAUUGUGGGACACGCGUGUCGACAUCCCAUUCACACUCUGCUGGUCACGGCGCUGACCGCGGCAACGACCCAUCUUCAUGUGCUGGAAGGGACAUAUCAGGCUGCUCACAGAGGUCUGGCCCCCUGGGCCAAGGAAACCCCCUUGAACGUCCAGUCAUUCCUCUGUGGAAGCCGCACUGUUACCCUGGGAGAGGCUAGCGCAUGGAGAUGGCAGAUAGACGACCGACCUAAGGUGUCGGAGGAUGGCCAGUCUGACUUUCACUGGGCUCUUGUCACCCUCGAUCUACCGGGUGCGUCUGUCGACGCCAGUAUCCCCUUCCUAUCAAACACACUCUCAGAGUUCCUCGGUGCGGAACAGAUCACGCCCACCCCCGAUUCAUCCCCCUCGCCCGAUCAUUCCGCGUUGACGUUUCGAGUUCCCUACUCCCAACUAGAUGGCUUUCUACAGGCUGUCGAAAUUAUACCCUCGGAAAAAGAGGAUGAUAGUUGGAGACUGAGGUCUCCUCGCGAAGAAGGAAGUCCCACCUCACUGGGACACUGGGUCGGAAGCUCAUGGCUCUCAUUCCUUCAUCGUGUCAAGCAUGCGGAGACAGUCGACUUGGUGAUCAUAGGGCUCAGUUACCUAGCCAUGAACAUGACCGUGGUCUCUCUCUUUCGGGUGAUGCGCCAACUCGGCUCGCGCUUCUGGUUGGCAACCUCGGUCCUGCUGUCUGGUGCCUUUGCUUUUGUGCUCGGGCUUGGAAUCACGACUACAUGCGACGUGCCUGUCGACAUGCUUCUUCUUUUCGAAGGAAUCCCGUACCUCGUUUUGACAGUGGGCUUUGAGAAGCCGAUCCAACUAACCCGUGCUGUUCUCUGCGUGUCGGAAGAACUGCGGGGCGGGUGGCAGCGGCCAGUUCCCAAUGGUGCCAGCAGUGAUGAUAGCCGGCAAAGCCAAUUGAUUCCUAACAUCAUCCAACUCGCUGUUGAUCGAGAGGGCUGGUAUAUUGUGCGAUCUUACCUCCUGGAAAUCGGCGCGUUGGCAUUAGGGGCGGUCCUUCGGCCAAAUGAUAGUCUUGGCCAUUUUUGCUUCCUGGCGGCAUGGACACUCCUGAUUGAUGCCAUUCUACUUUUUACCUUCUAUGCCACCAUUCUUUGCGUGAAAUUAGAGAUCACGCGAAUCCGGAGCCCGGGAGGGCUUGGUCAAGUUAAUGCCAAGCAUCCUUCGGGGAUUUUUGGGCACAAGGUCAAGUCGACAAACAUCACCUGGUGGAAGCUAUUGACGGUGGGCGGCUUUGUUCUAUGUCACUUCCUCCAAUUGUCGCCCUUCUUCUAUCGGGUCAUGGGAGAAUAUAUGGCUAAUGGUACUCUGCCCCCUACUGCUGUCAGUCCUUUUAAAGAAGCGGCCAACGGACUCAACGAGAUCUACCUAACGGCGCGCGUCGAGGGAUUUGAGACGCGCGUAACCGUUCUGCCGCCACUGCAGUACGCCUUGGAAUCAGCUGGGUUCAAUAUAUCAGCCACUAAACGUUCUACAUUUGACGGUGUGCUCGAUGGAUUGGAAAGCCCGCUGGGUCGACUAUGUCUCAUGGGCGCAUUGGUCGUUAGCCUGGUCCUCAAUAACCACCUGAUCCACGCUGCUCGCUGGCAUGCUUGGCCCCAAGCGAGAGAGUCCGCCGUCCCUGAUGGCUCCUCCUUGUCGGUGCCAUGCUCUGCCACUGCCCCUGAAGUCUGUACCCGCCCCCCAGAAGAAACAGAGGCCCUCCUCAAAUCGAACCAAGCAGAAUCUCUGACGGACGACGAGCUGGUGGAACUGUGUCUCCGGGGUAAGAUCGCGGGGUACAGUUUAGAGAAGACUCUGGAGCGCAUUGCAGCGGGAUCAUCCUGCUCGGUGACCCGGCUGGACGCAUUUACGCGUGCCGUGCGGAUUCGCCGUGCCGCUGUGUCGAAAACGCCCUCCACUCAGAACCUCUGCAGCGGCCUGGCGGAGUCAUUGCUCCCUUAUCGCGACUAUAACUACGAGCUUGUGCAUGGCGCCUGCUGUGAGAACGUGGUCGGGUACCUGCCUCUGCCCCUGGGAGUGGCCGGACCCAUGGUGAUCGAUGGACAGGCGUUGUUCAUUCCCAUGGCCACGACGGAGGGCGUGCUCGUUGCGAGCGCCAGUCGAGGAUGCAAAGCGAUCAAUGCUGGCGGCGGUGCCACUACCAUGCUCAAAGGUGAUGGUAUGACGCGUGGUCCCUGUCUGCGGUUCCCCUCGGCCCAACGUGCAGCUGAAGCCCAGCGCUGGGUUGAGUCUCCUCUCGGGCACGAGGUUCUGGCGGCCGCCUUCAACGCGACCAGCCGGUUUGCGCGGCUCCAAACCCUGACGGUGGCCCAGGCGGGCAUUUAUCUCUACAUCCGGUUCCGCACCACCACAGGCGACGCGAUGGGCAUGAAUAUGAUUUCGAAGGGUGUUGAAAAAGCCCUGGAGGCAAUGGCCGCCGAGGGUGGAUUUCCCGACAUGCAUACCGUUACCUUAUCGGGCAAUUUCUGCUCCGACAAGAAAUCUGCCGCCAUUAACUGGAUCGGCGGUCGCGGCAAGUCCGUCAUCGCCGAAGCCACGAUCCCCGCGGAGACUGUCCGACAGGUCCUAAAGACCGACGUUGAUGCGCUGGUCGAGCUCAAUACGGCCAAGAACCUGGUCGGGAGUGCCAUGGCGGGCAGCCUGGGCGGCUUCAACGCCCAUGCCUCCAACCUCGUCCAGGCGGUGUUUUUGGCCACUGGCCAGGACCCUGCGCAGAAUGUGGAGAGCAGCAGUUGCAUUACGACCAUGAAAAACAUCGAUGGAAACCUGCACAUCGCUGUCUCGAUGCCCUCGAUGGAGGUCGGGACGAUUGGCGGAGGCACCAUUCUUGAGGCCCAGGGGGCCAUGUUGGACUUGCUAGGUGUCCGGGGCGCACAUGCCACCGAGCCUGGCGCCAAUGCGCGCCGCUUGGCCCGCAUUGUCGCCGCGGCCGUGCUGGCUGGCGAGUUAAGUACCUGCGCGGCUCUUGCGGCGGGUCACUUGGUCAAUGCCCAUAUGCAACACAAUCGCAGUGCGGGUGCCACAGUCAAGAAAUGA